AUGGCGGCGAGCUUGGCGCUGUUCGUCGCGGCCCCGCUCAGCGGCUUUGCUCGUCGCGUCGCCCUAGCGCCUGCUCGUCGAGUGCGUCCGCACCUGGCCGUCGCGUCGUCGCCUGUGUCUGCCCGACGCGCUGCACCCGCGACCCCUGGCGAGCCCCGCAUUACGUCCCCCCGCCCCGCCCAUCGCGCCCCAGCAGCCUACCCCACCCGCCCUCCCGUCGGCCCCGCUGCUACUACCGCAUCCGCAGCUGCCGCGUUUGCUCCUGCCGUGGAGGCGCAGCCCGCCUUGCGCCAGCGCAGGGGGAGGCGCGGCAUGUCGGCGGUAGCGGCGCAGGCUGUGCGCGGCGAAGGUGUGGUGGGCCUCACCGUCCCGGGGAACGCCGUCGUGCCCUCGGUGUCCGUCUCCUUCGAUCCCGCCUCGCCGCUCUCCCUCCCCUCCGAACUCCUCCUCCUCGCUGUCUUCGACUCCGCCCUCUCUCGCGACGACACGUCAGCAGCAAAUUUCACUGGCUUCGCUGCCGACGCGCCGGGCGGAGCUGAGCUGGCAUCUCUCGACGCCACGCUUUCCGGCGCUCUCGCUGAGCUGGCAUCCGACCCGGAUUUCAGAGCGAAGCCCGGGCAGGUUUCGCAAGUCCUCCGCGUUCCCGGGCAGCCGUUCAAAAGAGUCGCGCUGCUGGGGCUGGGCAAGCCGGAUGUGCUUCUAAAGGGGGAGGCCGGCUCGUGGCAGGGGUUAGGCUCCGCUAUAGCUGGCGCCGCUAAAACGAAUCAGGCCAGCAAGGUAUCCCUCGCGUUCCUGGGCAAGCCAGAGGCGGCGGAGGGACAGGAGAUUAAAGCGGGGAGCGCGGUUCGGGGGAUAGUGACGGGCGCUAUAGUAGGCAGCUUCGAGGAUGUGCGGUUCAAAUCAGAGGAGAAGGAGAAGGUGAAGGCGGAGAGGGGCGUGAAGGAGUUGCAAGUGGUGGGGCUGGGUGACGCGGAGUCCCUCCAGAGGGACGUGUUCGAGGCGGAGAGGCUGGCGGCGGGAAUCAUCCUCACCAAGCAGCUCGUCAACGCGCCGCCCAAUGUGCUCACGCCAGCUGUCCUCGCUGACGUGGCGGUGAACCUGACUGCCGCCCACGCGGAUGUGCUGAGCGCGCGCAUUUUGGAAAAGGAGGAGUGUGCCGCCCUGGGCAUGGGGUCGUACCUGGCAGUGGCGGAGGCAUCAGCGGCGGACAACCCGCCCAAGUUCAUCCACGUCACCUACACGCCGCCUGCUGCUGAGAGGGCGGAGGAGAAGCCGCUGAAGAAGCUGGCGCUGAUUGGCAAGGGACUCACCUUCGACAGUGGCGGCUACAACCUCAAGGCGGGGCCGGGCUCAAUGAUUCACCUCAUGAAGUUUGACAUGGGCGGCGCUGCUGCUGUGCUGGGCGCUGCCAAGGCCAUCGCUGCCAUCCAGCCGGCAGGGGUGGAGGUGCAUUUCAUCAUAGCGGCGUGUGAGAACAUGGUCAGUGGGGGCGGCAUGAAGCCGGGCGACAUCAUCACUGCCUCCAACGGCAAGACUAUUGAGGUGAACAAUACGGACGCGGAGGGGCGGCUGACGCUGGCGGAUGCGCUGCUGUACGCGCAGCAGCAGGGCGUGGAGAAGAUCGUCGAUGUCGCCACCCUCACUGGCGCUUGCAUCAUCGCCCUCGGGAAUGACAUCGCUGGUCUCUUCACCCCGAGUGAUGAGCUAUCAGCGGAACUGGAAGCUUCCUCUCGGGCGUGUGGCGACAAGGUGUGGCGCAUGCCCAUGGAGGAGGCGUACUGGGAGGGCAUGCGCAGCAAGCAUGCCGACAUGCUCAACACCGGCGGCCGCGAGGGCGGCUCCAUCACUGCAGCACUCUUCCUCAAGCAGUUUGUGGCGGAGGGGCUGCCGUGGGCGCAUCUGGACAUUGCAGGGCCGGUGUGGAGCGAGAAGAAGGGCGGAGGCACUGGCUUCGGUGCCAGCCUGCUCUACCACUGGGUCGCCUCCCACUCCCCCUAG